AUGUACACAUUCGAUAACAAAGACGGCAUCCCAUUUCUCUUAGACUGCUUGCAUUUGAAGGUGCGGGUGUCAAUGCUCCUUUCCAGACUUAUACCACAUAUCUUUCAUACUGAUUUUUACGCUUCUUUUUCUUUCAUUUUAUCUCUCUUCAUCCACUCUUUAUUUCUCUCUCUCUUUCAUUCUUCACUCUUUAUUUCUCUCUCUUUCUUUCUUCACCCUUUAUUUCUCUCUCUUUCUCUCUUCCUCCACUCUUUAUUUCUCUCUCUUCCUCCACUCUAUUUCCAUCUCUCUCUCUCUCUUCCUCUUCUCUCUAUUUCCCUCUCUCUCUCUCUUCGUCCACUCUCUAUUUCCCUCUCUCUCUCUCUCUUCGUCCACUCUCUAUUUCCCUCUCUCUCUCUUCCUCCACUCUCUAUUUCCAUCUUUCUCUCUUCCUCCGCUCUCUAUUUCCUUCUCUCUCUCUCUCUUCCUCCACUAUCUAUUUCCAUCUCUAUCUCUUUUUCCACUCCCUAUUUCCUUCUCUCUCUCUCUUCCUCCACUCUCUAUUUCCAUCUCUCUCUCUCUCUUCCUCCACUCUCUAUUUCCCUCUCUCUCUCAUUAUUUCUCUCUCUUCCUCCACUUUAUUUCUCUCUCUCUUCUUCCAUUUUUUAUUUCUCUCUCUCUCUCUCUUCUUCCACUUUUUGUUUCUCUCUCUUCUUCCACUCUUUGAUUCUCUCUCUUCAUCCACACUUUAUUUCUCUCUCUCUUCUUCCUCCCAUCCUCUUAUUAAUUUUUCUUAUUCUUCUUGUCACUACUCUUCCCAAACUCUCAACCUCUCCCCCUCUCUCUCUUUCCUACCCUCUCGAAUUGUCUCUUUCACACUAUAAUUCUCAUUAUCUCUUCCUCUCCCUCUAUCUCAAGAUUUAUAAUUUUUUCUGGUUGGCUUUUAGCUGA